GGCCCCAGCGACCGUGCUCUGUCAGCAGAAAAUAUAUGGCGCUCUCUUGCUCUCUUCUUGGUCCCCGGCCGCAUCAUAUCGUCUCUGUCUCUGCAUGCGCCUGCCUCGCUCCCUCCUCUGCUCUGAUCGUGCCAUGGUUUCCUCUGCCUGAACAUUACAAGCUGCAGCGCCACCGCAACUAGGAGCCAUGCUCACCAACUUCCCAAAGACGUACCAGCUCCAGAACGACAAGUUAUUGCUUCCCAAGAAGGAGUUCGUCACCUACACCCUCUACGCGCUCAUCGCUGUCGCGCUCCUCUACCUCUUCGUCGACCCAGCUGCUCCGGCGUCGUCUACCAAACCAUCAGUGGCGGCGCCAUGGAUACAGGAGGAGCUGCCGCCGCCAUCGCCACCUCCUUCUUACCAAGGAGGUGAAAGAUCACGGAGUUCACCGCAGCCGCAAGCAGUGUCAUCGGCGGCGACACCGUGCGACUACUCCGACGGCGAGUGGGUGCCGGACCCACGGCCGCCGCCCUACAAUGGCACGGCCUGUGAGGCCAUUAAGGAUGGCCGCAGCUGCAUGGCGAAUGGGCGGGCGGACACCGGCUACCUCCACUGGCGGUGGCAGCCACGGCGGUGCGACCUCCCGGACUUCUCCCCGGAGGCGUUCCUCCGCUGGCUCCGCAACCGGCACAUGGCCUUCGUCGGCGACUCCCUGGCCCGCAACCAGGCCGAGUCGCUCAUGUGCCUGCUCUCGUCGUGGUCCCCGGCGGAGCUCGUCCACCGCGAAGAGGACGGCAGGUUCCGGCGGUGGGUGUUCCGCGAGCACAACGCCACCGUGUCCAUCUUCUGGUCGCCGUUCCUGGUGAAGGGCGCCGAGAAGUCGGAGCACGCCGGCGUGCGCUACAACGAGCUGUACCUGGACGAGUUCGACGAGCGGUGGAUGUCGGAGCUCGGCGCCAUCGACGCCGCCGUGGUGUCCGCGGGCCAGUGGUUCCGGAUCCCCAGCAUCUACCACGAUGGCGGCAGGGUCGUCGGCUGCUACGGCUGCGCGGCGGAGCUCAACCACACCGAGACCAGCUUCUUCGCCGUGUUCAGGGACGUGGUCAGGCGGACGCUCGCCGAGGUCGCCCGGCGGCACGAGCACGGCGGCAAGCUGGUGGCGCUGACCACGUUCUCGCCGUCGCACUUCGAGGGGGAAUGGAACAAGGGCGCGCCGUGCACGAAGACGCGGCCGUACAAGAAGGGCGAGAAGGGGCUUGGGUACACCGAGACGGAGAUGAGGAAGAUCGUCGUGGAGGAAGCGGCCAACGCCGCCGGGGCUGCGUCGUCGUCGUCAUCCACCGUGCGGUUCGCGGCUGUGGACGUGACGACGCUGGCCAACAUGCGGCCGGACGGCCACCCGGGGCCGUACAUGCGCAAGAACCCGUUCGCCGCGGCGGACGGCCGGCCGGUGCAGAACGACUGCUUGCACUGGUGCAUGCCUGGGCCCGUGGACACGUUCAACCAGAUACUGCUCCAGACCAUCCUCCGCUGAUCGUUCGACGUAUUUUUGCUCCAUCUUGUGUUCAGUUCAUAUCUGCGAUCUGCAUGGGAAAUCGAUGUGGAUUGUAUACUAUCGACAGCAGUACAAGUCUGCGAAACAUUUACUUUAUGCAUGUGCUGUGGGAAAGUUUUGUUUCCAAAUUAACAUACAAAUGUAAUUAAACUAUUUCUAAAUUCUGGAAAGGAAUCUCUUUCGACAUUUCUUUUUACAGCUA